AUGGAUCCAAAAGAAAAGAGAGAAGAAACAGGUGAGGAUCGUCACCUAGAAUCAGAGGAAGGUUCAUCUGGAGAAGGAAAAUCGAGUGAACCCAGGAAAGAAGAAUCUUCGAACUCGUUUGUGAGUGCUGAAGAAGAUCCAGAAGAAAACCCAUCAGAAGAAUCUCGCAAAAAUCCGAGGGAGAGUCUACGGACUAGCAAGAAAGAUACAGUGGGUGAUGAAAUCCAAGAACUCGAAAGCCCAGAGGAGAAGAUCCAAGAAACAGACGCGAAGAUCCCAGAAGAACCGCAGGAAGGAAACCCUAGGAUCGAAGAUGAGUGCAAGGAAACUGAGGAUCUACAAACCUCUCUGCCUCCAGAACAAGUUGAUACGGGUAAACUUGAUGAACUCUUUACUUACUCUACUAGAGAUAUAGAGGAAAGUUCGGAUAGUGAGCUUAGGUUGAUAAGAAAAAGAACAAGAAGGCGUGUAGAUUUUGAUAAGGAUGUGAGUGUUGAGCAUGUAGAAUCUGGGAAGGAUGUGGGUGAUACAUCCAAACAGAUGGAGGAACUGCCCUCAGUUCAAUUAGGGCAGGAGAAAUCUAAGGAUGCUGAAAUCGAAGUGGUUGCGGACUCAACAACAGAGACAGAAGUUGAAAGCAAGAAACCUAAGGCAAAGAUCGCUGAGAAAAAGGGCAAGAGUUCUGACUCUCGAGUGAUAGCUGAACAGAGAGCACGGACCAGAUCUCAGGUGGCUGCAAAACCAGUGGUGACUGCAAAAAAUCCUCCUAAAAAGGUUCAAAGGAAGACAAAAUCACAACCUGCCUUGGUGAUUACUGAGCAAAAGACCCCUAAGAAACCUGAGAAGAGGAAGGCUGAACCAAUAAAAGAUAUGCCCCGGGCAAAAUCUUCAAAGAUUUCUAAGGAAUAUCAAAAGGAGAAGAUGAAGGGGAAAAGAAAACUUCAGGAAGAAAGUGAGAUCCCCAGUUCCCCUUCUGGGUCAGAAGAUGAGGAAUUAAUGGCAAGCCUGUGCAUGUCUCAUCACUUUGUUGAUGAAAAAUCUGAACAAAGGUUCAGUGACAUGAAGAAUCUCAACACGAUUGUGGAGAGAAAUAUGAAUGUCAGCAACCUCAAGGAGCAAGGGAUAUGGGACAUCCUGGAACGUCUAAGUCUAGAAGAAACAGUCACCUAUGCAUGUCCACACAGCAAAAUUCUGAUCAAAGAAUUUUAUGCAAACAUCACUAAGAUGAUUGUGAAGGCAGGAGAUCCAAUGUACCAUAGGGUGUACAUAAGAGGGAAGAUACUGCAUUUUUCUCUAGCAGUAAGCAACAAGUUUUUGGGCUUGAAGAACACAGUUAUGACUACCAUGGACGAGCUGGACAGGGAGAUUGACCAGAAAGAGCUGGAGAUAGCUCUCACUAACACUUUUGAUGAAAAGAGGAAAGGAGAAAUAACUCCAGUAGAGCUGAACUUCGAGGCUUCAAUACUGUUCAAAAUAGCCAGAUCUAACUGGUUACCAACCCAGCGAUCAAGUCUGAUUCACAAGAGGCUAGCAGUACUCAUCUACUGUGUAAAGAAAGGGAUCAAGAUCAACUAUGGAAACAUGAUCUUCGAUCAUAUUCUGGAGAGAGCACUGAACUUCAGAGCAAGGUUCAGACUACCUUAUCCCUGCUUAAUUCAAAGCAUCCUCACUAAGCAGUGCCCAGAACUCAUUGAUCCAAAGCAGAACACCGAGGUGAUUCAAAAACCUCUGGUGGUUGAGUUAAGAAUCAAAAGGAAGAAGGGAAAAGGAAAGAAGGAAUACAAGAAGAUGCUGGAGACUCUCAAGGAUGCAGAGAAAGCACUGAUAAAGAUGGAGCUCGGACUAAGGAAGCAGGCAACACACUGUCAGAAAAUUCGUGCAACAGUCCACGAAUACAUCGAAGCAACCCUGAGUAAUGUGUUCAUUAUUCGAUCAGGGGGAGAACUUGAGGAAGCAGAAGGAGGUUUCGACUCAGAAAAAGAAGACUCGAAGGAGGAGGAUGAAGAACAGGAUUCUGAGAUGCCUAAGCUGACUCCUAAGAAGGUGGAGACAUCAAAGAAGUCAGGAACGAGCAGGAAGAUUAGGAGAGCCAGGAGUCCUUCCGAUGUCUCAUCCCUUCGUUUCUAA